AUGUCCGUACAAACAUCUGAACAGUCGACCAGCGGCCCUCGCUUCCGGCCGUACGCUAGCCCAAACCAUCAUGUCACGAAGGGUCGCUACAUAACAAGCAAUGACCCUAGAGGGUAUAUCCCGGUGUACGAGUACCCUUUAAAUGGCCAGUGGAUAAUGCUGGACAUGGACGACGGGUAUGUUCUCUGGACGGGUAUCUGGAAAGCCCUGGGAAACAACAAAGCGGACAUUGUCAAAAUAAUAGACUCACAGCCGGACCUCGCUUCUCAGCUACGGCGAGUCCGUGGUGGCUAUCUGAAGAUUCAGGGAACCUGGAUGCCCUACGAGAUUGCGCUUCGUUUAGCACGUCGUGUGGCAUGGCCUAUACGACAUGACCUCGUUCCCCUGUUCGGGUAA